UAAUUGUAUGAGAUAAUCAGUGGAAUUAGUCCUUCCUUAAAGUCCGUCCUCCUUUUCCUCUUCCCAAACCCAAAAGAAAAAAAAAAAACACUUUUGCCACCACACUCGUGUGUUCCACGCGCUACUUCUCCGAUCAUCAUCUUAUCGUUCUUCCUUCUCCGAUCGCCGUGGGAACGAUUCGUCCAACUCUCACAGCUUUCCGGUGAAAUUGAUUGAUUCCAUCAUCUUAUGUGAUUGUUGUAUGAAUACGAACGAAGAUGGUUGAUAGUAUAAGUAGUAACAAGCGCAGGAAGAGAACCAUUAGCGAAAGCGACAUCGCCACGCUUUUGCAGAGAUAUGAUGCGACUACGAUACUGAGGCUCCUACAGGAGAUGGCCUUUUAUGCCGAUGUCAAGAUGGAUUGGAACGAGCUGGUGAAGAAGACCGCCACUGGGAUUACUAAUGCUAGGGAGUACCAGAUGCUGUGGCGACAUCUUUCGUAUCGUGAUCCUCUUCUUCUCCCUGUGGAUGAUGAUGAUGCUCAGCCUCUGGACGAUGAUAGUGACAUUGAGUGCGAGUUGGAAGCUUCUCCACCUGUCAGCGUUGAAGCAUCUGUGGAGGCCAUUGCACAUGUCAAAGUGCUGGCUGCUUCGUAUGUUCCAAGGGAGUCUGAUGUCCUCGACGAAUCAACAUCUGAGGCUCCCUUGACGAUAAACAUACCUUAUACUCUCCCUCACGAACCAUCAGACUCUCCUUGGUUGUCAAGAGGGAUGAAUAUCACCUUUCCUGUUUGUCUUCAGAAACCUACACCUACAGCUACCGAGGGGAUAAACGGAGACGGUUCAGCUAGUAUUAGCAUGGCUUCACGGAAGAUUAGGAAGAGAUGGUCUGCCGAGGAGGAUGCGGACCUGAUUGCAGCUGUAAAGCGGUGUGGUGAGGGAAACUGGGCUCACAUUGCUAGGGGAGAGUUUAGAGGAAGGAGAACCGCCUCCCAACUCUCACAGAGGUGGCCGCAUUUAAGAAAAAAGUAUGAUACUUCGACCUCUGGUAGCCAACCUGGCGUACAGCAAACUGAAGCGCAGAUAGCAGUAAACCAUGCCUUAUCGUUGGCUCUGGGAAACCGUCCCCCUUCAAAAAAAGUUGCAGUAGGAACUCAAGGCAAUGGAGGCCGUCCUUCUCAAGGUCAACAACAGUCCAAACCAGUUGCUGUUCAAACAUUGUCUCGGGCAGCAACAACAGUUCCAGCUUCAAAAUCUCGACUUGGUGUUAAGAAAACAACAGCAAGCUCCACUUUCAGAUCGGAUUUAAUGGUAACGGCUAAUUCAGCAGCUGCUGCAGCAUGCAUGGGUGGCGUAUCGACUGGUCCAUCAGUACCAAAGGUUGAAUCUGUAGAAAAUGCGUCUACAGCCUGUAUGCCUUGUCCCUCAGGUAGCCUCGUUGUGCCAGAGGUUGAGCCAGGAAAGACUGUUGCCGCUUCUAGUAUUACUAAACCGGUUGGACCUGCGAAUGCACGGCCUCUAGCUAAUGGAAACUUGAAACCUGUGACGCCUUCACCAUCUUCUGUCAUACCUCCUCUCACGGAUGGAUCUACAUUGCUUUCUGCUUCUACGCACUUGACCACUGCAUCGAAGAUCGUCUCCAGUCAGAGAGUUUCUGCAGCCUCUGUCCCAGCAACUGUAUUACCUCCAAAGGCAACUGCAGGGACUGCUAUUUGCAAACCAGAUGGUGGACACAAAGAGCAAGCUCGAGAAGAUGGAGCAAGCUCAUUGGUUGCCAUCCAGUCAAAUAACAUGAUCUCAACAAACUCGGAGACUAGCAGGGGAAAGCAGGCUGCUGCACACGCUCAGACUGCAGUUCUCGGUGCUGCUAAUCAAAGUUUGGUGGAUAAAACUGCAGUGCCAUCCAUCAGUGGAGCUGGUUCGAAAUCUAAAGCCAAAUGUGAAGUAAACAACAAUGUCGGUUCGCUAAACAAAGUGAGUAAUGCAUGCGGAGAGCCAACAGAGGUUGCAAAUGUGAGAGGGACCGGACAGGGUGUUUAGUUCUUUUGACAGAAACAUGAAACAUCUUAUACUUUUAUUUUGGAGCUUUUUAGUUUUUAAUAGGAAACUGAAAGAAAGAUAUUAUGUAAAGUAGGCCUUUCCCAGUACAUGGUACUAAUUAAUAAUACAAAUCUCAUACACUUUCAAUC